AUGUGCGGGAUCGGACUCGUCGCUCCACCGCUGUGGCUCGACGAGUUGUUGUCCGUCAUACCGUCGAUGCCGCUACCCGAACAUGAGCACUCCAAAGGACGAUGUCCGCACCUCACUUCAAAAAUUGCCGAUUUGCAUUGCCAUCCUGCCUUGGAAGCGGCUUUGCACUUGGCCAAUGGUGACCUGUACUCUGCUCACUUUUUGGUCAGAAAGAGUCAAGGUGGGGCUAAAGAGCUAGACUGGGGUCACGCCAUCCUACACAGGCUAGAGGGCGACUACGGGAAUGCAAAAGUACGUCGAUGCGAACUCAGUUGGCCAUUCAUGUUUGCUCGGUUGAGCCGACGCCUUUGCCGAUCCGCGCGCAGUGUUGGUACACAGACCUUUCUCAUCUCCAAAAUUCCCACAUUUACACUCAAUUUUGGGAAGGGCAGAGCGUGACACCUGGUCAAUUCGUGGACUUGUCCGCUUUCUGGCACGCCCAGUCACAAAACCGCUCGCAAGGCAGCGCAGCUCAACUCAUCUACGAGAGCUCGAGCAAGCACUCGAAGAUCAAAGACGCAUUCUCUCUGCCACAGCUGAAGGAUUUCGAGAGCGGCAGUCGUAGCGCCCCUCUGCGCAAAAAGGACGUAGAGGAGCUGUCUAGAUCCGAGGUUCGCGCCAUGGUCGAGGGUCUUGCCGCACACCACGGCUGGGCCGCGUUGGGCUACGAGGAGAGCUGGAAGGCGAUUGAAGAGCAAAAAGGAGGCCAGAAAGGCUCCAUCGAACACAAUGCGGAAAGUAUGAUCCUGGGACAAUCUCGACGCGACUUCUAG